UAAUCACGACACCACCAAAACGAAAACCCUCUCCUCUCCUCUCCCUCUCCCUCUCCUCGUCCUCGAGUUCUGUGUCCCCCUCUCUAACCCUCUCGUCUGAGAUCUGCUGCAAAGUGCAAAGCCUCCGCAAUCCAAAUUAAGGGAGACGCACUGCGACACGAACUCAAAAGCCAUAUAUAUAUUUAUUGUGAUAGUAUAAUAAUAUUUUUAUAUAAAAAAAAAAAAGGACCCUCUUCGGAUCCAUCCAUCCAUCCAUCCAUCCAUAUCCCCCCUCUCUCUCUCUCCCUCCUCGCUUUCUCUCUCUCUCUGGUGUCUGUUGUCUGUGCGUUGUGUAUUUAUCCCUCGGGCGCACCAUCAUCAUCACCAUCGCCAUCAGCAUCUCGGGCAUCAUCAGCAUCAUCAUGAGGAUUCGCAAGAACGCCAAGCUCUCGUCCCUCCUCCGCUCCCAAGCCUCGCCGCCGGACGCCCCCUUCCCCUCCUCCCACGUCUGCCUCCUCAACCAGUCGCCCUGGGACGUCCUCCCCUUCUCCUUCCCCGACGCCCUCCCCCAGCUCGAUGGAGGAGAGGAUAGCUUCACCGCCAAUGGCAGCUUCGGCGAUUCCAUCGGCGCCGUCGAGAGCAGCGUGGCCUCGAUGAUGGCGGUGGACGCCGAAGAGAAGACGGUUAUCGUCAACGAACUCGAAGGCCGCGCCUUCUACGACUUCAAUAACGAGGAUAGGAUGAACAUCAGCAGCUACGGAGCUAAAAAUGGAGGUGGUUCCGACGGCGAUUUCGGCCUCAAGGUGUGCUGCAACAAGACCGACGGCAAGCGGUGGCAAUGCAAGAAGGAGGCCGUGGACGGCCACCACUUGUGCGAGCAUCACCUGUCGCAGCUCAAGUCCUACGCUACUACUACCACCACUGCCGACUACGACUACGACGACCACAACGCCGCCAACGCCGACGACUCCGCUUCCAGAAAGCUGGACAGAUCCUCCGCCUCCACUGGCCGCCGCGGUGGCCGGCCGCGCGGGGCGAAGAAGAACUCUUCCUCCUCGGCAGCAGCAGCGGCGGGGGCGGCGAACUCGAACCAGUUCUACUAUUACUCCGGCUUCGGCCCGUCGUGGGCCAAGAGGCGGAGCGGGAGGGCCGGGGACCAGCCGCGGAGGCCGGAGGGGAGGGCCGGGGGAAGUCCCCAGCCGACGCCGCCGCGGAUCGGCGGGGGCGGGGGAAUCGAUUACGUCGAUUACGACAUGGAGGAGGACGAGGAGGAGGAGGACGACCAUGACGACGACGGGGACAGCGGGAAGAAGCGGAUGCGGAAGCCGGUGAAGGCGCGAUCGCUGAAGUCGCUUAUGUGAUUUCUAUCGUAUUUUGAAUUUUGGAUCGUGGGUUCAAUGGUGUUAUGGCGUUGGGCUUGGUUCGCUCGCAUUGCGCUUGGAGAUUAUCGCGAAGGGAAGAUUGGAGUGUGUUUCUUUAUGCAGUGUUUAGGGUUAAGGGGAUUCCAGCUGAUUUUCUUUUUUGUUUUUCUCUCAAAGAGCCAAAAGAGAAAAAAAAAAAAAAAAAAAUUGG